GUAUAUUCCAUUUACUCGUACGCCUAAAAAAGUUCUACCUUCCAGACUUCCAGAAGCAAACACCGCAGCGUACACCCAUGGCGUCCACCUCGGCCGUCGAAGUCCCGGAUUCCUUCCAGACUCUCAGCGCCAUCUGUCGGGAACCUUUUUGGAAUGCAACCCGAUUAUGGGCGUCCGAGGCUCCAGAGAUGGGCGCGUGCAUGGAAAGGACGGCGCUGGUGUGGGCGCCGAGUCUCCUGCUGUGGGCGUUUGGGCUGCCGCGCCUCGCCCAGCUCAGGAGGCGCCCGUCCAACCCCACUUCAUGGUCGCUUCUUGUGAGCUGUAAAGUGUUCUUCACGGCGAUCUUGCUUGCGACGACGGUCAGCCAGCUUGCUUGGGCGGCGUCGGCUGGCGGAGAGAGGGCGCCCCCGGCGGAGGUCAUCGCCGGGGGGGUUCUCUUGGCCUCUUAUAGCCUUCACAUGUUGCUGAUCCUGUUGGGGAGGAGGAAAGGUGCACGGAGCAGCGGGGUCGUCUGGCUGUAUUGGCUGUUCUCGUUAGUGUGCAGCCUCCCUCAACUCUACUCUUUCUUCAGCGGAUUAAACGGAAGAAUCCAGGGUGUUCCCCGCACCGUCGCCGCCUCCUUCAUCGUACAGUUCCUGUGUAACGUCGCGCUGUUCCUCGCCUCCUCCUUCAGCGACCCCCCCUCUGCCAAGGAGGGCGACGCGUCGGAGAAGCCGUCUCCGCUGCUGCAGGCGUCCCUCCUAAGCCGCCUCUUCUUCUGGUGGUCUCUGCCUCUCGUCUGGCAAGGCUGGAGACGCCCCUUGACCUCGGAUGACCUGUGGGACAUCGAGCCACAGAAUUCUUCCUCGACGCUCGCGGUUCGGUGGGAUCAGGCUAUCAACAGGUGCAGAGACAAGGAAUCCACUUCACCGGCACACAGAUCGCAAAGGAGAGCCCGCUACGAAAGGGUCGCGAGGCCAGGCAGCGACGGCUCCCUCCCGCUCUGCCUGUGGAGGAUGGCGAGGGGCGCCUUCCUCGCCUCGCUGCUCUUCUACUCCCUGUCGGAGGGCUUGCGGUUCCUCACUCCUCGGAUCCUCGGUCGAAUCAUCCAUUUCGUGGCGGGAAACGACGAACCCGGAUGGCGUGGCUACUUCUACGCCGUCUCCCUCUUCCUGUCCUGUGGCGCGAGUUCUCUGCUCAAGAACGUUUUCAACUACAAGAUGUAUUGUCUUUCGGCGAGGAUCAGGUCGGCCAUCAUGACGGCUGUGUAUCGUAAGGCUCUCUCCCUCUCGGGAACGGCUCGUCGUGAGUCGAGCGUCGGCGAGAUCGUUAACCUGAUGGCGGUCGAUGCGCAGAUUCUUGGAAGGAUUUUUUCGCCGAUUUGCUUCGUCGUUACCUUCCCUGUGAUCAUCGUCGCCUCCAUCUCCUUUCUUUGGCAAGAACUCGGAGCGAGUGUGCUGGCCGGAGUAGCGGUCUUGGUUCUCCUGGUUCCGCUGACCAGCUUCUUGGCCAACAGGGUCAAGGUCCUCCAACAAGCCAAUAUGAAGUUCGGAGAUCAACGGGUGAAGAUGAUGAACGAGAUCAUUAGUGGAAUUAAGGUAUUGAAAUUGUAUGCUUGGGAGGGGGCCUUCUCGAGCAUGGUAGACAAGAUCAGGAGAAAAGAAAUGAAUCUUCUACAGAAGGUGGCCAUUUAUAGAGCCCUCAAUUCUUUCUUAUCUGGCACAUCUCCAUAUACAGUCGCUCUGGCCACCUUCACGACAUACUUGCUAGUGUCUCCAGAGAACAUUCUUGAUGUAGAAAAAGCCUUCGUGUCUAUAUCAUUAUUCAACAUCAUGAGGAUACCAAUCUGUAGGCUGCCCAUCCUCGUCUCCGACAUAAUCCAGGCAACUGUGGCUUUAAAGCGACUCCAGAAGUUCACCAAUGCAGAAGAACUGGAUCUAACAGCUGUAGUCAGAGAUCAUACUGAAGUCAAUGCUAUAGUCGUUCGAGGCGGCAAAUUCACCUGGGCGGGCGACGAAGACCAGGCAACCUGGGAAUUGAAAGACAUCAAUCUGGAAGUUGGUCACGGGAAACUGGUGGCAGUGGUGGGAUCCGUGGGUGCUGGCAAGAGUUCUCUCAUCUCGGCGCUCCUGGGGGAGAUGCGGAAGCGAGAGGGCAAAGUUGUUGUCAAUGGCCGCGUGGCAUAUGUGUCCCAGCAGGCGUGGCUCCAGAAUGCCACCUUGAGGGACAACAUCAUCUGGGGUCAGCCUUUCGAUGACAAAAGGUACCGACAGGUGGUGACAGCUUGUGCUCUCCAGCAAGACCUUGACAUGUUCCCUGGAGGUGACAUGACAGAGAUAGGAGAAAAGGGCAUCAACCUGAGUGGUGGCCAAAAGCAGCGCGUGUCCUUGGCUCGUGCUGUCUACAGUGGUGCUGACAUCUUCUUGCUUGAUGACCCUCUGAGUGCUGUCGAUGCCCACGUUGGUCGAUUCAUUUUCGAAAAUGUCAUCGGACCUCAGGGUAUUCUGAAAGACAAGACUCGCCUUUUGGUGACCCAUGCUGUGACCUUUCUACCUCGAGUGGAUGAGGUCAUAGUGAUCAAGGACGGCCAAAUGUUGGAGAAAGGCACAUAUACCAACCUUGUAGCCAAACAGGGAGACUUCGCCAGCUAUGUACUGCGGCACCAGAAUGAAAACGCAGAAGACAAAUCCGAAAAAGCAGAUCUGAAGCUGUCGAGAGCUAAUUCUUUCCUUCGUCAGGAGUCGUCGGAGUCCAGCAAGUCUUAUGUUCACAACAACAACAGGGACAUGCCGAUGUUCAUCAUGAAGAUCAAUGAUGAUGAAAAAGAAGAGACAGAAAAGAUGCGAAAGAAAGAGGACGUUAGAAGCAGAACGACCAGAGGACAAACGCUAGUGCAAGAGGAAACGUCUGAAACAGGAAAGAUAUCUCGACACGUCUACCUAACAUAUGGAAAAUCUAUAGGUUUAGUUUAUACUGUGGUUCCUCUGGUCUUUAUAGCUCUUGGACAGACUAGUUAUAUUAGCAGUAAUUUGUGGUUGUCAAAAUAUUCCUUCACAAGCGCAAACGAUUCCGGUGGCGCAAACAUUACUUCGAGAAGCUUCGCUGUCAGCCGAGAAGUGUUCCUGCUUGGCUAUGGGGCCUUUGGAGUCGCGCAAGCCUUGUUCCUGUUCCUGGGAAUGCUAUCGUUAAUGCAAGGAUGCCUAAGAGCGUCGCGGACCCUCCACCAGCGCCUUCUGCAGAGCGUCAUACGCCUCCCCAUGAGCUUCUUCGACACCAACCCCAGCGGGAGGAUCAUCAACAGGUUCAGCAAGGAAAUCAGCGUCUUGGACAUCAUCCUGCCGGACGUCGUCUCCGCCUCCUUCGAACGUUCCUUGCAGGUUAUCAUAAUCAUAAUCAUGAUCAUCGCCGCCAUCCCCGCCGCUGGCCUCUUCGUGGUGCCGAUCAUGGCCCUUUACUACGCUGUCCAGUCUUUCUACAUCGCCUCGUCAAGACAACUCAAGCGCAUUGCGUCCGUCUCAAGAUCCCCUGUGUACUCUCACUUCAGCGAGACCCUUCAAGGAGUGUCCAUAAUCCGAGCGUUUAAAAAGCAACAAGAAUUCUACGAGGACUCUCUUCAUAAGAUCGAUUUCUCGCUGAAAGCUGUGUACGCCAAUACCGCUAUCAACAGAUGGGCGGGAGUGAACCUGGAGACCGUCGGGCAUCUGAUCACCCUCACGACGGCCGUGGUGGGCGUGGUCGGGCGGGACUACGUCGGGGCCAGCCUCAUGGGACUCGCCCUGUCCUACGCCCUCAAUCUGACCAGCGACCUCGAAUACCUGGUGCGCAUCUCAGCCGAGAUGGAGGCCAAUAUUGUGUCCGUGGAAAGGGUCAACGACUACUUGGAGAGAGACCAAGAGGCAGCCUGGACCGCACGUGACACCCCCUCCGCGUGGCCUGUAGAAGGUCGAAUAUCCUUCAGGAAUUUCCAGACGCGUUACAGAGCCGGCCUCGACCUGGUCCUCAAGGGCAUCACGUGCUCCUUCGAACCAGCGGAGAAGGUGGGCAUCGUCGGGCGCACAGGAGCCGGCAAGUCCUCCCUGACUUUGGCGCUGUUCCGACUGACUGAAGCAGCGGGCGGCGAGAUUGACAUUGAUAAGGUCAACAUCGCCAGCGUUGGCCUCCACGAUCUAAGAGGUCGGAUCAGUAUCAUUCCCCAGGACCCGGUGCUCUUCAGCGGGACUCUGCGGCUCAACCUAGACCCGCUUGGCCUCUGCUCUGACGCCGAAGUCUGGACGGCGCUCGAACUGGCUCACCUCGCCGCCCACAUCCGAGCUCAGCCAAUGGGACUGCAGCACGUGGUGGAUGAAGGCGGGGCUAAUUUCAGCAUCGGCCAAAGGCAACUCGUGUGUCUUGCCCGCGCUCUCCUAAGAAAGUCCCGCGUGCUGGUGCUUGACGAGGCCACAGCUGCCGUCGACCUGGAGACCGACGACCUGAUCCAAGCCACCAUCAGGUCGCAGUUCGCACACUGCACCGUCCUCACCAUUGCACAUCGCCUCAACACCAUUAUGGAUAGUGACAGGGUAUUAGUAUUAGACCAUGGAAAAAUAGCCGAGUUUGCCCCUCCAGCUGUUCUUUUGGCAGACCCAGAUUCCGUUUUCUAUGGAAUGGCUAAGGAUGCGGGCUUAGUGUAAAGUUGUUUUCCAUAUCAUCAUUAAGCUUUGUUGAUACAAUGGUAGUAGACACAAGAAGAAGGAAGCGAGGAAGAAAGAAUAUACAGGAAAAAAUGUUAUGAAUAUACUGAAUACAAAGGAAUAUCAUACUACGCAGGGUUCACUAAUAACCCUUUUGGGCCCAGGUACAAUUGUCGUAAAGCCUGGGCACCUUUCGCAAUGUUCUCAAUCUUAGGAACCCCUGAUCUCACACAAUUUAGAUUUGACCAGAUACUAGCUUAAAUCUAAUAUCAAUAAAUGAUCAAACUCAAUUACAGUACAUCUAUAUUUAUUACGAGAGUAAGUAGAUGCCCCGAAAAUACAGGUGAUAAGUAAAGGCCUGUCACGGACUCCCAAAAAACCGGCCUUUUGGGAAGUAGCUCUAGAACCGUCGAUAAAUGUAUUAAAGGUAUGAAUGGGAAUGGAUAUCUUCACAAUGCAGAAUACAUCUAUUCCUGAUGAAGGUAUAUUCGAAACCGGUUAAAUACAUUGUGAAGAUAUUUAUUCUCAAGCAUUUCUUUUCUAUAGAAGUAGCUUAUUUCUUCAACCCUGGGCCUUCAUUAUAUACAUAGGGUAGUAUAAAGAAACGGGCAUAAUGUGAAGUAAUGAAAUAGUAAUGAUCUUUUCUUUUUGUACAUAUUACUUUGCUUUUAUUAUUAGUGUUAUAUUAUAGGUACUGUUUUCCUAACUUAUUGUUUCGAUGAAGUUAUCGAUUAUCUGAUCACAUGUAUUUGUUUGUACUUAUGAUAUUUAAUAAAAAAAGC